AUGAUUUCUUAUAUAUUCUUCUAUUUAUUUGUGUCAGUGUUGGCAAAUGACAAAUCAAAUGAAAUAAAGUCUCGUAUUUUCUAUGGAGAAUCUGUUAAAAUAGAAGAUUACCCGUUUUACGCCGGUCUCGCUAACUGUGGUGCCGCUAUACUAUCUGAUGUUUGGAUCUUGACUGCGGCCCACUGUGUUGUUAGAGUUCCUAGGUUAGCUAAUUACGUAUGGGUUGGUGGUGAAUCAUACGCCAAUAGCAAGAAGGUUACAUACAACCAAGUGAUAGUACAUCACAAAUAUAAAUAUGAUAACAUUAUACCACUCCAUGAUGUUGCAUUAAUAAAGCUAUCGGAGCCUUUGGAAUUGUCAGAGAAAGUUAAACCUAUAAAGCUACCAAGUACACAGUCUACAGGCACUAAAAUAGCAUUAGUUGGAAGAGGUGUAGACGAGACAAAUCAUAUAUCUGAAAACUUGAAAAAGCUGGAUCUCGUCAGGCUAUCCCCUGAACAGUGCCUAACAUACAUACCAUUCGACCCCAUAUUGUACAAUAUAGUUAAGCAAAAUCUUAAAUUUUUUGGUAAAGCCAUCAUCUGCGCCAAACGUGAGGAGGAUUUGCCAAGUAUAUGUCAAGGAGAUUCAGGCAGUCCGUUAUUUAGCAACGAUACGCUUAUAGGCCUUGCAUCCUUCGGUGGUCCCGAAUGUGCCGAAAACCGCCUUGGUUUCUACGUGAAUGUUCAAUCAUAUGUGCCUUGGAUUAAGCAACACACUGGUCUA